AUGGCCGAUAUCGAGAAACAGCCGGGAGCAGAGCCCUCCAAGGCCCUAGGCACAACAGGCGAUGAUUACCAGACAAACCCAUUUGUCAAUGCAGACAAGCUGGCUCGCCGCUUGUCUGGGCGCCAGGUGCAGAUGAUCGCGAUUGGCGGUACUAUCGGCACCGGUCUGUUCCUCGGAACGGGAUCGUCGCUCGCUAAGGGUGGGCCUGCUUCAACACUUAUUGCAUACGCUAUUUGUGGUGGUAUUGUGUUUAUAACUAUGCUGUGUCUCGGUGAGAUGGCGGCUUUUAUGCCUGUUGCUGGGUCUUUCUGUACUUAUGCUGGUCGCUUCGUCGAUGAUGCGCUUGGAUUUGCAUUGACUUGGAAUUAUUGGUUUAAUGAUGCUGUUUCUACUGCAUCAGACAUCAUCGCUUUGCAGCUUUUGUUGCAGUAUUGGACUGAUAAUUUCCCCGGUUGGGCAAUCAGUCUAAUCUUUUUGGUUGUUGUCAUUGCAUUGAACAUCUUAUCUGUGAAGGUUUAUGGCGAGGUUGAAUAUUGGUUGAGUUUGCUCAAAGUCAUCACCAUUGUUAUCUUCAUCAUCCUUGGUAUUGCUGUGAACUGUGGUGGAAAUACAACCCACGAAUACAUCGGCGGCAAAAAUUGGCAUAAAGGCGAUGCACCCUUCGUCGGUGGAAUCGGCGGCUUUGCAUCGGUAUUCGUCACAGCCUCCUUCGCAUACGGCGGUACCGAAUCCAUCGCCAUCACAGCUGGUGAAACCAAAAGCCCCGCAAAAACAAUGCCAAAAGUCGUCCGCAACGUCUUCUGGCGUAUUCUUCUUUUCUACCUCCUCUCAAUCCUCAUCGUCGGCCUCAAUGUACCAUAUGACUACCCCGGUCUCUCAGAUGGUGACACAAAGACCAGCCCCUUCACAAUCGUCUUCCAGCAAGCCGGUUCCGCAGUUGCUGGGAGCUUCAUUAACGCCGUCAUCAUGACUUCCGUCAUCUCAGCUGCAAACCAUGCCCUCUUUGCCGGAUCUCGGCUUCUAUUCACUCUCGCUGUCGAUGGGUAUGCGCCCAAGUUCUUCGGUCAGCUCAACCGUUUCCAUGUUCCGUGGGUGGCUGUCCUCGCGACAUCCGUGAUCAGCGGUCUCUGCUUCGGUGCCAGCUACAUCGGCGCUGGACAGUUGUGGUCUUGGCUGCAGAAUAUCGUCGGUGUCUCAAACCAGCUCUCGUGGAUUUGUAUCGGUCUUGCUUCUCUGCGAUUCCGCUCGGCGAUCCGGGCUCAGGGUAUUGAGCAUCUUCUUCCUUUCAAGAACUGGACUUAUCCGUAUGGUCCGAUCUUUGCUGUUGGGCUUAAUAUUGUUCUUGUUCUUGUUCAAGGGUGGAAGUGCUUCAGUCCGCAUUUCAAGAGGGUCGAUUUUGUCUCGUUUUAUAUUGAAAUUCCGGUCAUGAUUUUCAUGUUCCUGGCUUGGAAACUGAUCAAGAGAACUAGCUUUGUGAGGAAGUCUAAUAUGGAUUUAAGGACGGAUCGCUAUGAUCCUUCUCAAGAGGAUGGGCCUGAGGGUCUGGUUACGGAGAAGAAGGCGGGUGCUUGGGGUAAAGCUCAACAGUUUGGGCAGUGGUUGUUCUUCUAG